GUUGUUUUGCUCAUUCCUGACACUGCACAUUGUUUACUCGUAUGAGCUGCGUGCGUUAAGUAGUGUUUCAGUUGCCGAGGCUUCAGCUUCUUGAGUUCCAAGCAAAGCUCUCUUUGCCUUGGAGGCUGAGGCUUGUGCCCCUACUAACCAAGCCAAGAUGGCGAUGUCGCAGCAGUCAGGUAUUCUCUCACAAGGAGCAACGGAAGAACGCGGCGAGAAUGCCCGUAUGGCAUCGUUUGUUGGAGCUGUCGCUGUAGCUGAUCUGGUGAAGUCGACGCUGGGGCCGAAGGGCAUGGACAAAAUCCUUCAAAGCAUGAGCCGCGGCCAGGAGGUGACCAUCACAAAUGAUGGCGCCACCAUCCUCAAGUCCAUCUACGUGGACAACCCGGCCGCCAAGGUCCUCGUAGACAUCAGCAAGGUGCAGGAUGACGAGGUGGGCGACGGCACCACCAGUGUGGUGGUGUUUGCGGGCGAGCUGCUGCGCGAGGCGGAGCUGUUGGUCAACCAGAAGGUGCACCCCAUGACCAUCAUCGCGGGCUACCGCGAGGCGUGCGACUGUGCUCGCGGCGUGCUGGAGACCGGCGCGUUCAACCACCAGUCCGACGCGGAGCAGUUCCGUCAGGACCUGCUCAACAUCGCCAAGACCACACUGAGCAGCAAGAUCCUCACAGUGGACAAGGAGCACUUUGCCAACCUGGCGGUGGACGCCAUCAUGCGCCUCAAGGGCAGCGGCAACCUGGAGGCCAUCCACAUCAUCAAGAAGACGGGUGGCACGCUGCACGAGUCCUUCCUGGACGAGGGCUUCAUCCUGGACAAGAAGAUCGGCGUGGGGCAGCCCAAGCGCAUUGAGAAUGCGCGCAUCCUGGUGGCCAACACGCCCAUGGACACAGACAAGAUCAAGAUCUACGGCGCCCGCGUGCGUGUGGACAGCAUGGCCAAGGUGGCUGAGAUUGAGGCGGCUGAGAAGGACAAGAUGCGCGCCAAGGUUCGGUCCAUCAUCGACCACGGCAUCAACUGCUUCGUCAACCGCCAGCUCAUCUACAACCUGCCCGAGGAGAUGUUUGCGGACGCAGGCGUGAUGGCCAUUGAGCACGCUGACUUCGACGGCAUUGAGCGUCUGGCGCUGGUGCUGGGCGGAGAGAUCGUGUCCACCUUCGAUAACCCCAGCGAGGUCAAGCUGGGCAGCUGCAAGCUGAUUGAGGAGAUUAUGAUCGGCGAGGACCGCCUCAUCCACUUCUCGGGCGUGGCGCUGGGCGAGGCGUGCACGAUUGUGCUGCGCGGUGCCUCGACCCACAUCCUUGACGAGGCGGAGCGCUCACUGCACGACGCGCUGUGUGUGCUCAAGGAGACGGUGGCGGACGCGCGGGUGGUGUACGGCGGCGGCUGGCCCGAGAUCCGCAUGGCCAAGGCGGUGGAGGAGCUGGCCAGCCGGACACCAGGCAAGAAGGCGCUGGCGAUGGAGGCGUUUGCUCGGGCGCUGCGUGCGCUGCCCGCCACUAUCUGCGACAACGCGGGUCUGGACAGCGCCGAAAUCGUGGCCAACCUCAAGGCUGCUCACGGUGCCGACUCAUCCAGCCGCAUGGGUGUGGACGUGGUGCGGGGCGAGGCGGGCGACAUGAAGGAGCUGGGCAUCUACGAAUCCUUCCGCGUGCGCCAGCAGGUGUUGCUGUCGGGCACGGAGGCGUCGGAGAUCAUCCUCCGAGUGGAUGACCUCAUCAAGUGCGCGCCCCGCCAGCGCGGGUGAUUGCUGAUAGCGGUUGCAUGUUUCUUUGCGUAAAUACGUAGACAUAGUGAGAGGCUAGCGUCGCGUUACUUGUUAGGCAAAAGGAUGUGGGUGUGGCUGAAGCUGGGUUUGCGCCGUGUGAGUGGGGAUGUGGUACUGUGAUGGAGAUGUGUACUGGUGGAAGGCACAGAUGGCAAUCGGUUGCGACCGUGCCAGUUAUGCACCAGUGUGCUGAAGACAUGGCAGUAAUGGUUCGUAAGCGCUUGCUGUGCAUGCUCAACUCAGAGGCAGCCAUUGUUUGCUUGGUGAGUUGGUGGUGUCAGGUGGCGUAGUGGAUCCAGAGGCCGCAGCACUUUAUCUGAAUGUGUGUCAAGUCUGCAUGCAUUGGGGUCAUGGUUUCAGCGUGGUUUCACGCUCGCAUUGUUCCCGCUUGUAACAUUGCAUACAUUGCACGGAGGCAGAUGACAGCUUCGGGGUCCGCCAACCCCCAAUGCUCCCCUUAACCGUCCCUGCGUAACCAUGCCGCCAAAAGGGCACAACUGCCCUCAUGCCUUGGAGCGUGUUGUCAAUUGUGCAUGUGGUGAGUGUGGCACCCUGAUGCAAGCAUUGGGGUUGUGUUGCAUGUACCGGAUACGGUCCUAGAGUGUAGGGACCCCGUAUGGCCACCAAUGUCCCGAUGCCCGCCGCGUGCCAGGGUGAUCAAGUCUGGACGCUGACGCGGGGACAACCAAUAAUGGGCGAUUCAGCCACGGAGGCUGGCUGCUGCUGCUGGCGCGAGGCAGGCUGACGCAGUCUAACGUAGUGGGAUGCUUACGUUUGGGAAGCGAAGGAACGGACAAGGCUAAU